GAUACAUUUACGCUUAAAUUGUGGAACCCUUCAUGGACAACAAUAUAAUCGAAGUAUGGUCAGACAACUUGGAAUCAUCAUUUACCGAGAUAAGAAAACUCGUACAAACAUAUAAUUACGUGACCAUGGACACGGAAUUCCCUGGAGUGGUGGCAAAGCCACUAGGAAAUUUUACUUCGCAGUCAACAUAUGCGUACCAGCAGCUGCGCUGCAAUGUCGACCUCCUUAAAGUAAUACAAGUUGGAAUUACCUUUAGUGAUUGCUACGGCAAUUGUCCGCCGCGAAACACGUACCAGUUCAACUUUCAUUUUGACAUCGACAGGGAGAUGUACGCGAAGGAUUCACUGAAGCUUCUGGUUGAGGCACAGCUGAACUUUGAGAAGCAUCGUCUACAGGGCAUCGAGGUAGAGGAAUUUGGCAAUCUGUUGAUCACGAGUGGCCUUAUCCUGUCGAGGAAUGUUACCUGGUUAUCCUUUCAUUCGUCGUACGAUUUCGCUUAUCUCAUGAAAAUUGUCACAUGUAAUCCGCUGCCAGCGACAGAAAACGAGUUUUUCAUGUUCAUGAACAUUUUGUUUCCCAAUUUCUACGAUGUUAAGUACUUGCUGAGAGGAUCCAAAUAUCUCAAGAGGGGAUUGCAGGAGAUUGCUGAGGAUCUUGGACUGAGGCGUGUGGGUGUGCAGCACCAAGCUGGUAGCGAUGCCCUGCUAACGCGUGAUGUCUUCUUCAAAGUUAAGGAAAUUUUUUAUACAAAGGAGGACAUAACCAAGCAUGCUGUGAAGUUGUAUGGAAUCGAAUGCAGAGUUGAAGAGGAUAAGGUGGCAAUUUGUGACCUGAGUCUGUAAAUUUAUUAAAUCAUUUUUAGCUCUUCUCUACCGUUUUUCGUAAUUCAGAUUGGUCAG